UAGGGAUUUGAAGAAUGAUUCAACGAGUUUCUCCAGAUGGCGAAACGUUCACGUCUCGCAGACAAUUCGCAUCCAUUUAUUACACACGAUUUCAUUGUUCUGUUUUGUGUAUUUUUACCAAUUACGUGUAUCGAGUGUUUCGAAGCGCUGAUAUCGUGAGGCGUGUAUACGUAUUCCUAGUGACAAAUUGCUGGUGAUUUUGUGCGCUCAACGCUCUGGUGAGAAAUUGGCAAUGCUUUUAAAGAUUCUUGUUGUUUAAAUCUACCUCGUAACUAGUUGACAAUGGAGAUCUGCAUUGAUUCGAUGGAAUCAGCGCGAAACGCGAUCGAAGGUGGUGCAAGCAGGUUGGAAAUAUGUUCUGCUCUAUCCGAAGGUGGCUUAACCCCCACAGCUGGUCUAUUAAAAAAAAUUAAAAGCUUUUCACCUAUACCCAUUUACGCCAUGCUUCGAACACGAUCUGGUAACUUUGUUUAUUCGAAAGAGGAAAUGGACGUGAUGUUAGAAGAUUUAAAAAUUUUGAAACAUCACGGAACCGAUGGUUUCGUGUUUGGAGCAUUGACGUCAAACGAUGAAAUAGAUAUAGAAUCCUGUAGAAUCGUCCUUUCUGCUGCCCAACCAUUGCCUGUAACAUUCCAUCGAGCCUUCGACGAAGUGAUCGAUCCUUUAAAAUCCUUGGAAACAUUAAUUGAUCUUGGUUUCGAGAGAGUUCUGACAUCCGGUCAGAAGGAUACCGCCGUGGAAGGAUUAGAGUUGAUAAAAAAACUCGUUGAAAGAGCACAGCAGAGAAUAAUCGUGAUGCCAGGUUCCGGUAUCGCUAAAGAUAAUAUUUUAAGGAUAAAAAUGGAGUCUGGAGCGAAGGAAUUUCAUGCGUCAGCUAAGAAUAGAAUAACUUCUGGUGGAAGAAAUAAAAUUAAAAUUGGAGCUAGCAAAGACAGCUGUAUAAUGGUAACCGACAAGAAAUUAGUUGAAGAAAUGGUUGAAAUUAUAAUGAACAGAAUAUAAUUCGAUCAGUGUGAUAAGACACGUGUUAGUAAAUCGGAAAAUAAUCGCCUUGGACUCGCGAACCUGUUUUUUUUUUUUUUUUUUUUUUUUUCUAACCUUCUAAGCAAGGUAUACGUAAUAAUCGAUUAUUAAUCGACUGCCAUUUAAUGCCAUUCUGCAACAUUCUAGUUUUACAGUUCGCUGCUACACGUUGUCCUGCUAAACAUUUUAAUAUCAACCAAACAUAAAAUUCAACCUUACGAUGCAUGUUAUUGAAUCUUUCGUGACUCCUAAAUCCUUUUUUUUGGCAAAUGCAAGCGUCAUUAAUUCUCUAAUUACAAAAUAGAAUUAAAAGUACCAUAAAUCGUUCUAUAAAUCGAUUUGCUAGAAAAUUGUACGUUUAUCAAUUACAUAAGAUCAAUAGAGCAUUCAUUAUUGUUAACAUAAUCAAUUGCAUAAGUAACAGGAUUGAAACGAGAAUACUGUUAUAGAAUGAUUCGAUAAUAUUUCACUAGCUGUGUUUCACGUAAAACCUUUACGAAAAAAUUAAAGACUUAAGAAAGAUUAAAAUCACGGCGCAGAAAGUUCGGUUUUAAAUAUCAUGAUUAGCAUAUAAACUUUUCCUGAUAGGUCUCCACAACUUGGCGAGUCAAAAGAAACUGGGGUAAUUUUCCUCAGGAUGAAAAGCUAAAAUACUUAUCUAUAUGCAAUCAUUGAUGCUAGAUAAAAUAAAGAAGAGUGUGAUUCGUUAAUAAAAAAUAAAAUCCUCCCUUUUGAAUAUA